GUUUCUCGGAAGCUGCCGGACAUCGAUUUUGAACAAUAGAGAAGAUAAGGAGCUCGCCUCUUAAUUUCUUCUAGCCAAAUUACCCUGAGAGAGCUCUUAUCUGAGAAUUUUGGGCAGCAUCUAUGUAUGUAUGGCUACUGAGUUUGGAGACUCUGUUUCCAAUAAACGAAGGAGCGACGAUGACUCGGGGUCUGAUUCUCACGAGGGAUGGACGUACGACGUCUUCCUGAGCUUCCGAGGUGAAGACACACGCCGGUCCUUCACCAGCCACCUCUUCCAUCGGUUGGCGGAGCAAGGAGUCAAUGCGUUCAUGGAUAACAGUCUUCCGAAAGGCGAAGACAUAUCAUCACAGCUCAUAGACGCAAUCAGGAGCUCCCGGAUCUCGGUGGUGGUCCUCUCGAGAAACUAUGCCAACUCAAGUUGGUGUCUCCAGGAACUCUCUGAGAUCAUGGAGUGCAGGAAUAAGUCCCCUGGGCAGAUGGUCCUGCCUGUGUUUUACGAUGUCUUUCCUUCGGAUGUUCGGAAGCUGACCGGUUGCUUUGGAGAAGCAGUUACUAAGCAUGAAGAGGACAAAGAUAAGGAGACCGUUGCUCGGUGGAGGGCUGCUCUCACUGAAGUUGGAAGUCUAUCCGGCUGGGAUCUGACAGACUACGCCAGCGGUUUUGAAGGUUGCAACAAACGGCUGUCAGCCAAGUUGAAUGAGCUUAUUCUAAAGUCCUGGCGGGGGAGAGAGCUAUUUGUAUCCGGGAGCAACAUUCCCGAGUGGUUUGAGUAUCAGAGCAUUGGCCCCAAAAUAUUUUUUCAGUUGCCUGAAUGUCAUUGUUGUAAGCUGAACAGAAUCUUUGUCUCAUACAUUAUAUAUAACCACCAUGAUACCGAGUCAAUAUUUGGAGAUUCGAUACUGUUCAACAUAACAAGGGGAAAAAGCAAAUGUUCGUGCUUAGGUUAUUUACGCCCAUUUGCAAAUUGUAUCAGCAUAUUUUCCAUUGCACCCGAGGAAAUCAUGGAAGUCUAUAAGGGAAUUGAGGUGGUGUUGGAUGUAGAGGCUCAUCCUCAUCUAAUGACCAGGGCAAUCGGGAUUCACUUGGAAGUAGAGAAGUGCCCAAGUUGUAGCGGUAUCUAUAUUGAUGAUGUUGAAGCGGGUCCAAGUCAUGGUGACUCUCAUGACGAGUACCCACAAGAGACUGAGAACGAGCCCACCACAGAGAUAACUGCUAGAGAGGAAUGGCUGUUAAGAUAUUUCCCUGAUUGAGUGACGGCCUGUCCAAUCCUUGUGCCCAAUUAAAGAGAUGGAGCAUUGGGCAGAGCGUCAUUUGAACCAUCGAUUGCAUGUAAGUAUGGAAGCAGCGAGGAGACCAGGAUAAAGAGAGCAACAAGCCAGAAAGAAACAACUUCUAGGGCUGUUAAGACAUUUUAAUUGCAGACCAAGUCGGUGAUGGUUCAGUUGGGUUUAUAGAUCAUCAGGUCUACAGCCUCUAGGGCUGUUAAGAUAUUUUAUUCCAUAUUGAGUGGUAACUCGAAUAACUUCUCAGUUGUGAACUGAAAUUUUUGAUGCAUUUGGUUCUUAGUUGGUAAUUCAUAUGAUGUUAUACUGCUGCGGUUUGCCAAAACACAGAAGACAUCAACUAGAAGAUGGUGCAAUGAUGAUCACUUGCAGAUUGGUUGUUGUCUUAUUUAGUGGUGCUAAGUUCAUAUCCUCGUAACUCGGUCAUGUUGUUGCCUGCAUAUUCCUUGCAUUGGGAUGGCUUAAAUUCGCUAUCUUUUUCUGUGAUAAGCACAAAAAGGUCUUUUUAGGAGUCGAUGGUCUUGUUCUCCAUACCUAUGCUGCGACUGAGAAGGCCAUGUUUUCUACGAAUAAGGAAAUAGUGUCAGUUGGAAAUAGUGUCAUUUAUGUACGUUUUGCCUUGUGAUUCUCCGCAUUCCAUUCUUUCCAACAGAGAAGCACAUUCCUGCC